CAUCUUCCUUUCCAAGCGCCCACUUUCAAAAUGGCAGCCGGCAGGAAGUUAGCGAUUCGGGCGAGCCCGAGGUUUUAAUCUAGGGACGUUAGCACAAUUUCCGGUCCGGUGGCAAGAUGGCUGCGCCCAGCGGUGGAUUCCAACCUCGUGAGCGACGGGCUGGGGAGCAGGAGCCUGGCUGGGAUGCCGUCGCGCCCAAGCGGCCCCGACUCGGGGCGGGAAGCAAGAUCGGAGGCCGUAGGCUCAUUGUGGUGCUGGAAGGGGCCAGUCUGGAGACGGUCAAGGUAGGGAAGACAUAUGAACUGCUAAACUGUGACAAGCACAAGUCUAUGUUGUUGAAGAAUGGACGGGACCCUGGAGAAGUGAGACCAGACAUAGCUCACCAGAGUCUACUGAUGCUGAUGGACAGUCCCCUGAACCGAGCUGGCCUGCUACAGGUUUAUAUCCACACACAGAAGAAUGUGCUGAUUGAAGUGAACCCCCAGACUCGAAUUCCCAGAACCUUUGACCGCUUUUGUGGCCUCAUGGUUCAGCUUUUACACAAACUCAGCGUCCGAGCAGCUGACGGCCCCCAGAAGCUCUUGAAGGUAAUUAAGAAUCCAGUGUCAGAUCACUUCCCUGUGGGAUGUAUGAAAAUCGGCACUUCAUUUUCUACCCCCGUCGUCAGUGAUGUCCGAGAGUUGGUGCCCAGCAGUGACCCUAUUGUUUUUGUGGUGGGGGCCUUUGCCCAUGGCAAGGUCAGUGUGGAGUAUACAGAGAAGAUGGUGUCCAUCAGCAACUACCCCCUUUCUGCUGCCCUGACCUGUGCAAAACUGACCACAGCCUUUGAAGAAGUAUGGGGCAUCAUUUGAUGUAGAACCUUGUUCUGAAACAGAGACUGGACAUUGCAUCCCUUGACCCUCUUCUCAACUCACUGUUGGAAGAUGACCUUCUUGCACCAAGACUGUGGGGUUUGCAGAAGCCGAGGCUAUACAGUUGCUAUUUGUUUCUCCUAUAAAUACUGUUCUUGCAAACCUG